AUGGCAAAAAGCGAUGAUUGCGUACACAUCUUGCAGGGUCUGUUAGUCUUUGGGAAUGUGGUCAUUGGGAUGUGUGGCAUUGCCCUGACAGCAGAGUGUAUCUACGUUGUGGCUAACUCCCAUGAGCUCUACUCUCUGCUGAAAGUCACAGAAAACAGUGACAUCUACGCUGCUGCCUGGAUUGGCAUCUUUGUCGGCCUUGCACUCUUUGUCCUGUCUAUCCUUGGUAUCAUUGGAGUCAUUAAGGCCAGCAGGACCUUGCUGCUGGUGUACAUCGUUCUGAUGCUGAUCACUUUUGCAUUUGAAAUGGCUUCUUGCAUCACAGCAGCGACUCAGCAAGACUCACUCGCUCCAGAGUCCUUCCUGAAGCAAAUGCUGGACAGAUAUGAGCCGUCAGAUCCAGCCAAUAACAGUGGAGAUGAGGCCACAAAGACAUGGAAUGACUUCAUGCGUCAGAACAACUGCUGUGGGGUGAAGGGCCCCUCCGACUGGCAGGAGUACACAUCUGCUUUCCGCACCACGCACAGCGACGCCGACUACCCCUGGCCACGGAUGUGCUGCGUGCUGGAUGAAAAAGAGGAUCCUGUCAACCUUGAUGGCUGCAAACUUGGAGUGCCUGGCUACUAUAAAAGCAAUGGUUGUUAUGAUGCUAUUUCUGGGCCAGUGAAAGCACACCGGGGUGUUGCCUGGUUUGGCUUUGCCAUCCUCUGCUGGACUUUCUGCAUCCUCCUUGGCACCAUGUUCUACUGGAGUGGGAUUGAAGACUGAAGGCCUGGUGUCCUCAGUGCUGUCUUGAAGAGCCAUGUGAAACUGCGUUUUUUUGUCUCCCACUCCAUUCUCCUCAGGCCAUGGAGGAUUUGAAGUUUUCCCACUACCUCUGCCAUAUAUACUUUUGCCUCUCCAAAAACUUGACACAAAGAACUGAUGACUGCAAGAAAGAAUCUUCUUGUCCCUGCUUUGCCCCUUGUUCUGCAGCCUUAAUGCCUCCUGGAUGAAGCACAAUCCUUCUUUCACUGUGCAAGAUAUCCUGGAGCAUAA